UAAAAACAUAAAACAAAACAGCGCGAGUAAAAAAAAAAACAAAACAAAAGAGAACCCGAAGAUGAGUGGAUGCGACGGCGAGGAAGAGACGAAGAAACCGAGGCUGCCGGAAGAGAUGGUUCUAAGUUGCUUGGCACGGGUGUCAAGAUCGGAACACGCCUCCUUAUCUCUUGUGUCGAAGCGGCACCGUUCUCUAAUGUUCACGCCAGAGCUGUACAACUUGCGAUCCCUUUUCGGCUGCACAGAGAACCUCAUCUAUCUAUGCUUACGCAUCCCUCCACACCCAAAUCCACGCUGGUUCACCCUCUCACUAAAACCCCUUGAUCGGCGGCUAGUCCCAGUGCGGCGGUCUUGCUCUUCUUACCAGCAGCCUCCGGAAGCAUCUUCCAUGGUGGCUCAUGGUUGUGGAAUCUACAUCAUGGGUGGUAGGAUUGGCGGGAGAGCCACGUCGAGUGUAAUGUUUCUAGAUUGUCGAACUCACACGUGGAGCACUCUCCCCUCCAUGGGGGUGGCUCGAUAUUCAGCUGUGGCUGGUGUGGUGGACGGGAAGAUAUAUGUAUUCGGAGGGUGUGAUGACCGUGAGUCCAGCAAGUGGGGAGAAGUUUUCGACCCAAAGAAGCAGACUUGGGAUCCCCUCCCCAUGCCCCCGCCUUACUAUAGUCUUCCCACAAUGUGCGAAAGCAUAGCGAUAAAGGAUGACAAGGUGGUAUCUAUGAAUGCAGCAUUGACGUGUAUUUCCUACGUACCAAGUGAAAGCAAAUGGAAAAUAGGGAAUCAGGAAACCUCCGAGCUUUAUAGGUGUUGGCAUUUGAUAGAGAAUGUCGUGUAUUGCUGUGAAUUUGGUGGGCGGAUAUUGUGGCGUGAGGCACAUGAAUGGGAGGAGUGGAGAGAGGUGAUGGGCUUGGAGUCUCUCAGGGAAACUCUCGCUGCCUCCAAGCUCGUCAGCUAUGGUGGACGGUUGGGGGAUCUCUGGGAGUCCAACAAACCGCUGAUGCUAGCUGCAGGAUUUGAGAUAACAGAACUCGAUCAAGAACUUCCCGGCCACAAACUGAGCAACUCUGGUCCCAACAUGUUGAUCUUCUGGGACGUGCUUGCUCCUAAUAAGUUAGAGAUUUGGUUUGCGGAGGUCUCUUUGGAGAGACACAAGGAGACAUGCCAGAUUAGAGGAAACAUUUUGUGGUCCCAACCUAUCAUGACACUGGAUCCUCCUCCUCCACGUCAGCUUCACUGUCACAUUUUGUAUACUUCACCUCUCAACCUCUGAGUACCAAAAGCUCUUUCUUUAUCUAUGUUGGAUUUGUUUUUCUCUCUCUCUCUCUCUCAAAUAAUCAUCAAACAUUUUGGGUAUUAUGUGAUCUGGACAUUUUUUUUUUCUUUCUUUUCCUUGUUAACCAUCGCAUGUUGUUUUUCGUUAUGUGAUACAAAGUAUCAUGACUUUGCAACACCCUGUUCAUGGCAAGGUUUGUCUAACUGAACUCUCGUGGCACUUAGCAGAAACAAGAUGGAAAAAGUCAUCAACCACUGAUUUACUUGCUCUCUUUUUUUCACAAAGUUUAAUGUUGUAAGCUGCCAUCUACUUCGUAAUACAUAUAUUCUUAAAUUAUUUUUUUCUGUAUAAUUGUUUGUUUCAGAUCAUAAGCUUCCGCAUAUGUCGCGUAUUGCCUCAAUGGCUAACCAGAGUGACAGGAAGGCUUUGACUUCUCUAAGCUCUAAAACUGCAUCAACUAUGGAAACUGAAUCCAAAUCAGACUUUUAAGAUUAUUGUUCUUGCUCUUUUGAUUCAAGAAAGUUGUCGAGAGAAACUGAAAGGGGCAUUUACACCCUUCAAGGAGGUCAUCGGACCAUUGCGACAGUCAUUCUUAAGAUCUAACAGCUCGUGGCUCUUCUUGCGUUAGUUGUUGGCACGAGAAAGCUGAGAUGGUGGAAGGCUGAUGCUCUGAAACUUGAAACAGGUGAAGUGAUGGAGACUAAAGCUCAACUAGAAUCAGAACUGAAAAAAACAUAUAGAGAGGUUGAAACUGUCCAAGAUAUCAAACCAAGGGGAAUGGAAAUGGACAGUGAAGAUGACACGAAGAAAACGAUUUUGUUGAUGCCAUGAUUCAGAAGAUCUCCAAUGAUAUUACAGGAGAAUAGUGUGAGAAAGAAACAAGGAAUCACAUCUUCUACAUUUAUCAUCACCGGUAAAUAAACCUGAUGAGAUGAUGAGAUGAUUCAUCGAGAUCCAUGGGAGGCUUUAGAUAUAAGCAAUGGUACUACUAUAGUUAUUCCAAUGGCUUCUCAAAUCCGUUGUAUGAAACCAAUGGCGUCCAAGAACAUCAAGAAUCAAUAGAUGAAGACAUUGAUGCUGAAACCUUGCAAGAGCCCCAUGAGAGAAGCUAACAAGGCUGCUUUUUGACUGUUGGUACCAGAGACUACUGCCGGUGCUGCUUCACUUCCUGAUUCUGAUUCAGACAAGGACACUUUGUGAUGUGUUCAGAAGAACUUGAUCACACAGAGUAUUCAUCAAUGCUUCACAAAGCGUGAUAAUGAUGGAGACGUUUCCAAAGACAACCGUUGAUGUUUUUGCGCUGGUGCUUGAAUCUGGAGGCAGUGACUUCGCCGUUGUGAUAUUCUGAUGUGCCAGUCUUGCUCUAGCAGAUGCUGGGAUUAUGAUGUGUGACCAUAUCACAGCUGUCUCAGUGGUAUAUAUAUAUCCCAGUUGAUAAAAGCUGGGAAUCUUGGUGGAGUGUUGAGCAAGAAUAUCUCAAACAUACUAAUAUUAGAGGGAGGAUCUUCGAGAUUACACUUGCUCUUGGCUUCUUUAUUUAUCAGUACCAGCUCAAUCUCUCUCAGAGCACCAAGAGCUUUUUGGCAAUAAAAGAGUUCAUCAUUUUUUUUUUGCAUUUUCAUCUUUCAGUUCGGCCAGUGACCUGGAUCCAGAAGCUGUCUGUAGUCAUCGAUCUGUGAGCAUGUCUCAUGUUUCUGUUUUCCUUUUCUUUUCUUCAGAAUUGCAACUUUGAAAUUCAGACUGUAGAAUCCUAAGGUCUGAGAAACAAUACUCGAGAUCAAAUACACGUCGGUUCUAUUGUCUCUUUUGGCAAAGAGCAGAAUUUUCUUGACACUAUAUUUAGUUCCAAUCAUGAGAGAAAAAAUCAACACAAUGCAAGAGUCGAACAACCAUUGAUCAAAUCUUUGAUGAUAUCAAACAAAAAAAAACCAUUGAUCAAAUCUGAAAAAUGGUUAUGUAGUCUUCUUUGAUCGUUGUGGUUAGUCUUUCACUACAAAAUACUGUAAAUUCAUUAGUGAUUGACCAAUGUAAUAAAUGUCCUAAACAGUAAAAAAUGUUCAAUAUUGC